AUGUCUAAAGGGCAACUUCAUUUCCAGGGGAUGUGGGAGGAUGAAAUGAAACGCUUUCAGGAGCUUACAGGUAAAAAACUCCUAGCGAACAUUCCUAAGUCCCCAGAAAUUCUCCAAGAAAAGUUCGAUGAAUUAUUCAAGAACGACGAGCAAGAAACAUAUAGAACUUCGCAAGCGAAGAAAAUAGGCAUGAAUAUAAUAUCGUGCGUGAAGUUGUUAGGAGGAGUUGCUGCGCUAGGGGCUUCGAUUGUAUUCCCACCCGCAGAGCUCUGUUUCAAAGCCAUCUCUCUGUUGCUAGAUGUCCCGAAAGAUAUUAGUGACAUGCAUGGAGAAAUCAGGGACGUAUUUGCACAGAUAGGUCCGACCCUCUCGCGAUUUAGAAUCUAUGCGAGAAUCGAAAAAUUCGAUAUGAUUGAUGAAGGCUUACUCCAAUCUGUUCACGAAGUUAUGAUUUGCUUCGUAGACAUUUGCGCUCUGUGCAUAAAUGUUCAAUAUGGCGGCAGAUGGAAGAAUCUGAAGGAAAAGACGAAACGAGUCCUUUUCGAUAAUAAAGAGGUUGCCGACGGCCUCAGGCAGUUUGAAGACUUCGUACAGCAGCAGCAGAAUAUACAGAAUACCGUCGCGCUUGAAUUCAUUAUGAAAAGCGAUAGGGGUAUUGUUGAACUAUUGACCAAAGCCUGUGAUACUGGAGGGCGCGUGAAGAAUAUCGAAGCCAAUGUAGGAAUCCUAACAGAUGCAGAGAAGAAAAGAACAUCGGAGAAGGCGACAAGAGAGUAUCUUUCCAAGAUAAAAGCCAAGAUCGGCAUCUCAGACGAGGAACAAAACGCUUCUAAGACCACUUACGAAGAUAUAUGGAAAAGUACACAUCCAAGAAGUGGGAACUGGUUUAAGGAGAUCAAAAGCUAUACGAACUGGGCUGAUAGCUCUCGUGAAGGCUCAAGUCCUCUUCUUUUCUUAACCGGGCCUCCAGGUUCAGGAAAGACAUUUUCCGUUUCCGCCAUCAUCCAUCAUCUGCAGUCAAAGUAUAGUUCGACUGAAUCAGCCAACAAAUGCCUGGUAGCAUAUCAUUUCUUUCCCGCUCGAACGGGAAAAAGUGGCGACGAUAGGCAACCGGUAGAGACUGCCUUGAAGUCACUGGCCCUACAACUAGUCGAGCAAGACAGCGCACAUGCAAAGAUUGUAUCCAGUGCUUGCUCUGACGUUACAAAGGAUGAGAAGUUCUUCAAAAACGCAAAAUGCAUGGAUCUUUGGAAUGUCCUGAAACUCGGUUCUCCGAUGCGGAAGACGACGCACUUUAUUAUUUUCGACGGCCUCGAUUAUCUCACCGUGAAAGAAGUAGACAUGUUGCUGGAAAUGAUAGGGACUUUGCAGGACACAUUACUGCCCGAGAAUGACUCAGGGUCGGUGAAGAUCCUCGUGUGUGGCCAUCCCAAGUUCUUUGAGUCUGGAUUUAUCAAGUUAGACCGGCUCCCACCAUCUACUAUAGAGGUUAUGGACCAUAUCCAGGGAGAGAUGCGUAUGUAUCUAAACCACGAGCUUCAGACUGCGGAACUAUUUCAAGGUCGAGACCAGAAAACUCUCUACCAGAAGAAGGAGAUUCAUAGGAUGCUUCUAGAGCAACCGGAUUGCAGCUUCUACACCAUCCAAGAAGCUCUUAGCGAUAUCAAAGAGCUCGUAUCGUCAGGUGGAUCGGAAGCAGAACUUAUGAAGCUCCUAGCCAGGUUUAGCUUGGACCCUAUAGCAAGACUGAAGGAGGAUAUUAACAAGUUGGAGGCUCAAUUGAAAGGUAGACAGGUGGAUGAAAUAAAUGAACUCCUCGCGUGGGUUAUCUUCGGGAAACGGGUUCUCACGAUUGAGGAGUUAGAAGCUGCGUUUUUCCUGCGAUUUAAGAGAGACAUUAUCGGACGACUUGAUAGAUAUAUCGACACAAAGUUCUCGAAGGUACUCAAAGUAGGAUCAGAUAGCCGAGUCAGGUUGCAAGAUGAAGAGAUUGCCGAUUGCGUGGUGAAGCAACGAGAAACCCCUCGGAUGACAGACGAUCCGCCAAGGAUCAGCGCUACUAUCACCAUUACCAACGUAAACCGCACGACCGUUCAACGGUUUCUAUGGGAUCUCAAUACCUAUUCAACCCUGGAGAAAUUCUCUUUCCAACAAGGCUCAGGCAACUCAAAUUCCCCGAAGGGCCACAUACAAGUCAAUGAGGUUGACUCCCAUCUCGAUGUUGUGAAACUGACGUUCGAGUUCCUUCGCGGACCCGUAGAUUCAAGGACCCAACCUAUCGGCCAGUAUUUGCUACGCUAUCUUCCAGACCAUCUCAAAGUCUUGCACGAAGCCACCGGCUUAGACGUCAUUGGGCCAAAUGACAAGAGGGAUAUUGGGAAGGGAAUUUAUGACCUCUUCGACGAUGUAGAGAUAAUUGAAAGACAUUGGGAUAGCUGUGAAGCGGUGAUAUGGUUUGGAAACCCCGAGCAAAUAUCGGUGUUCUGGAAAUGGCUACAAGACCCAGUAGCCAUCAGCAGCUUAUCGAGAAAUGACAAGAAGCUCUUGGUUGAAGCGAGAUCAGACGAAAAUCCCGACCGUAAACUACUCACCCCCCUUUUGACACAUAUAGCCCGCAUUUGGUUGCAAACUCGAAAGGGGACACCCAUUGUUGCGUUCGACUGGAUACGCGGGUUUCUUUCCUUGGGUACAUCCAAGAACGAUGACGACGGCGAUGGAAAAGAGAACAAAACGUCGAACGAUACGAAUGCUGGCGAAUCAGCAGAACCUUCGCGUUACGACAAAGACUUGGAAGCAGUAGAAAUGGCUGAGAAAUGGGCCGAGACUGUGCUUGGACCUCCAGAAAGUAAAUCACUAUGGUACGAGCGACUGGGAGAGACGUUUAGAAACAUGGGGGAUUAUACAAAAGCACAUGCCUAUUUCAUAACGGCAGCUGAAAUGCCUGACGCAAAUUGGACAGCGUUCGAAGGCUCAGCCGUAUGUUACUAUCAUAAAGACGACGUAGUUAAUGCGUGUAUUAUCAUGAAGAAGGCUGAAGAAAUACUGGAGCGCCAGGGAGAGUCCGGAAAGUCCGACUUGAUUGAGAUUCGAAUGCGUCUCGCAGGAUGGCAUGACAGCCUCCAACAACCAGACGACGCUCUACGCUGCUGCGAAGCUGCCUACAAUAUAGACCCCAGCAAUACGAAGGCGCAGUGUCUCUUAAUGAGACAGUACCUUAAACACGAGAAAAAGACGGAGGCUCAACAGAUCCUAUCCAAAGCUGCGGCAUGCGACCCAAGCGAGCUCAGGCCUAUGCUGGAAUUCAUCGUGGAAGAGGAGGAAGACGAAGAGCCAUAUCCAUCCUUCUUCUGGAAUAUUAUCCGCAACUGCGAGUCGGUAGGCUCUUUGGAUAUCCUCUUACAGGAUCUGGAGACUGCCAUCAGCGAUACUAAAGCGGACGGGAACUACUAUCAUAUGUCCCACUUCUUGCUCUACAAAGGUCUAGCUGCAUACCAUCGCGGGAAUAUCGACGUGUCCGCCGCAAGGUUAGCACCGAGCUUCUGGGAGCAAUGCUGCCUUGUCGUUAGAGAGAACCUGACGUGGCGCUGGGAUCAAGUUCGCAUAUUCAGCAGAGCAAGCCGGGUGCUAAGCUCGCACCAUUUCGAAAAGCUGAGGGAAACGCCAGAAAGCGAAAGACAUGUCGUAGAGCUAGAGCGUCUGGUGACCGAGCAAUAUCAGAUCAACCCAGGUAUGUCUGCUGCUAAAUGCUACUUGGCAGCUUACUACACAUCGCGGAAAGAGAAGGACAAGGCUAGGAAAGUCUUCCUAUCUGACAUGGGGACGGCUUUCCGGAUGCUCUCCGAUAACACGUCUAUAAACGACUGGGAGGGAUACACUAUCCUCGCCGGCAUCAUGCUCUACACCGGCGACGAGCAGAACUCAACGGCAGCAUUCUGGCAACUAGCGCCAGCCGUAAUCAACGCGGAUAUCCUAGAAGCACUACUAAAAUCCGAGGAAUCCAUUAGCGAACCCGUAGUCAGAGAGAUCUUACGCGCCUUCAACUCCGAUAUUCACCAAGAACACGACCCAGAAAAAUCGAUCAAACUCCUAAUCGACGAGGCGAGCAACCUGGCCAGACUAGCGGCAGAGAAAGACGAAGGACCCCUCGACAAGCAAUACCUCGCCGCGCGCUCGCUCCUCGAGGCGCACGAGCUGGUGAUACAGCAGGGCUUCCACUACACGUGCGACGGUUGCGAGAGCCGGCGCUGGGGCUUUGAAAACGCGACAAACCCGUGCAAGUUCUGCUACGGCACGGGGUUCUGCGACCGCUGCCUCGCCAACCUGAAGGCAUCCCCGGCCGGACAAUGGCACGUGUGCAAUCCGCACCACGAAUGGCUUCGCCUGCCAAGAUGGGACGUGGAUAGAUACGUGCGGGCCUGUAAGCGGGUUGUGCAAACCCCCCUGCUGCCCCGGGAUCGAGAAGCUUCCGAGGUGGCGGCUGUGACUUGCAGUGCUCCGGAAUGGCUGGCUAAGCUGAGGGCUGACUGGGGGCUGUCGAGUGAAGACUGGCCGGACUCGAUUUUCGUGCAGCCGCUUUCGCGAAGUUUGCAUGAGUAG